GGGGCGCGAGGCGGAAUUAGGGUCUGCUCUAAGCUGCAGCAAGAGAAACAGUGUGUGAGGGGAAGAGGCCUGUGUCGUUCCCGGGUCUCUAGUUCUUGCACGCUCUUUAAGAGUCUGCAUUGGAGGAACUCUGCCAUUACCAGCUCCCUUCUUGCAGAAGGGAGGGGGAAACAUACAUUUAUUCAUGCCAGUCUGUUGCAUGAGGGCUUUUUGGCUUCCUACCUUGCAACAAAAUAAUUGCACAAACUCCUUAGUGCCGAUUCCGCCCACAGAGAGUCCUGGAGCCAGAAUCUUUUCUGCUUUGCAUUGUAGGAGAGGGACUAAGUGAUUGAGACUAUGUUGCUUUCCUGAGCUCCUGAGAGCGCUCGUGAACUGGAAUCAACUGCUUCAAGGGAAGGAAAAAAAAGCCAGACUUGCCUGGGAGGCGGCGAGAAACUUGCAUUGGAAGCUUCAGCAACCAGCAUUCAAGAAACUCCUCUCCACUUUAGCACAGCCUCCAGGACUCAGAGCCGAGGAGAGACAGAGCAAACAGCGGCGCGGUGAGAGAGACAAGAGCGAGAGAGAGGGAAGGAGACUCUCCAACCUGGGAACUAUAACUCCUCCGCAAGAGGCGGAGUACUCCUGCCCCGCAUCUUUUGGAGACUUUUCUCUCUUCGCCCGCCUCCGCCCCGGCCGGGAGUUGAGCGGCCCGCCCGGCUGCCGCGCGCUUCCUCCCGCUCGGCGUGCGCUUGGCCCGGGGAGCCGGGAGGGCCCGGCGAUCGCGCCGCGGCCGCCGCGAGGGUGUGAGCGCGCGUGGGCGCCCGCCGAGCCGGGGCCAUGGUGCAGCAAACCAACAACGCCGAGAACACGGAAGCGCUGCUGGCCGGCGAGAGCUCGGACUCGGGCGCCGGCCUGGAGCUGGGCAUCGCCUCCUCCCCCACGCCCGGCUCCACCGCCUCCACGGGCGGCAAGGCCGACGACCCGAGCUGGUGCAAGACGCCGAGCGGGCACAUCAAGCGGCCCAUGAACGCCUUCAUGGUGUGGUCGCAGAUCGAGCGGCGCAAGAUCAUGGAGCAGUCCCCCGACAUGCACAACGCCGAGAUCUCCAAGCGGCUGGGCAAACGCUGGAAGCUGCUCAAAGACAGCGACAAGAUCCCUUUCAUUCGGGAGGCGGAGCGGCUGCGCCUCAAGCACAUGGCUGACUACCCCGACUACAAGUACCGGCCCAGGAAGAAGGUGAAGUCCGGCAACGCCAACUCCAGCUCCUCGGCCGCCGCCUCCUCCAAGCCCGGGGAGAAGGGCGACAAGGUCGGUGGCAGCGGCGGGGGCGGCCACGGGGGCGGCGGCGGUGGCGGGAGCAGCAACGCGGGGGGAGGAGGCGGCGGCGGGAGCGGCGGCGGUGCCAACUCCAAGCCCGCGCAGAAAAAGAGCUGCGGCUCCAAGGCGGCGGGCGGCGCGGGCGGCGGGGUCAGCAAACCCCACGCCAAGCUCAUCCUGGCGGGCGGCGGCGGGAAAACGGCUGCCACCGCCUCCUCCUUCGCGGCCGAGCAGGCGGGGGCCACCGCCCUGCUGCCCCUAGGCGCCGCGGCCGCGGCCGCCGACCACCACUCGCUGUACAAGGCGCGGACUCCCAGCGCCUCGGCCUCGGCCGGCCUCACUGCCCCAGGAAAACACCUGACGGAGAAGAAGGUGAAGCGCGUUUACCUGUUCGGCGGCCUGGGCUCGUCGUCCUCGCCCGUCGGCGGUGUGGGCGCCGGCGCCGACCCCAGCGACCCCCUGGGCCUGUACGAGGAGGGGGGCGCCGGCUGCUCGCCCGACGGGCCGAGCCUGAGCGGCCGCAGCAGCGCCGCCUCGUCGCCGGCCGCCGGCCGCUCGCCCGCCGACCACCGUAGCUACGCCAGCCUGCGCGCCGCCUCGCCCGCCCCGUCCAGCGCGCCCUCGCACGCGUCCUCCUCGGCCUCGUCCCACUCCUCCUCCUCCUCCUCUUCCUCCUCCUCGGGCUCGUCGUCCUCCGACGAUGAGUUCGAAGACGACCUGCUCGACCUGAACCCCAGCUCAAACUUUGAGAGCAUGUCCCUGGGCAGUUUCAGCUCGUCGUCGGCGCUGGACCGGGACCUGGAUUUUAACUUCGAGCCCGGCUCCGGCUCGCACUUCGAGUUCCCGGACUACUGCACGCCCGAGGUGAGCGAGAUGAUCUCGGGAGACUGGCUCGAGUCCAGCAUCUCCAACCUGGUCUUCACCUACUGAAGGGCGCGCGGGCUUGGGAGAAGAGGGCCGGGGGGCAAGAGAGGAAAAAGGAAAAAAAAAGAAGAAAAUCGGACGGAGAAAGAGUUGCAAGAGAAAAGGGAAAGGAAAAAAAAAAAAAAGAAAAAGAAAAAAAAAUGAAAAGGAAAAAAAAAAGUGAGCAGGGCCGGUUUCGGCCGCGUCCCGGUGUAGCGCGGCGGCGUUUGGGGCCCCGCGCUCCCAUCCCCCACCGCCCCGGCUGGAGGGACGCGGCGGCGGAGGUAGACAGGGGCGACCUUUUAUUGUUGUUAUUGAUGUUGUUGGUGGUGGCGAAAAAGCGACUUCGAGUUUCCUCCCCUUUGCUUGAAGAGACCCCCCCCCCCAACGAGCUUCCGGACUUGUCUGCACUCCCCGGCCAGAAGCCGAGUUGGGCUUUUUUUCUAGAGACUGAAGGAAUCUCGUUCCUCUCUCAUCGCCCCCCUUGGUGUUUUUGUUCUAUUUUAUUUUGUUUUUGUUUUUUGGAUCAAGAGAGGAGGUGGAAAAAAAAAAUCCAGCGCGCCCCAGGGGGAUUUAGUUCUUCGCAUCCCUGCCCCCACCUUUCCCCCUUCCCCGAAGAAGACAGAAGGCUCCGGGGCGUCGAAUUUGACCGACGGCAGAUGUUGGGGGGUCGAACGGCCUCGACCGCCGGGACUGAGAGACUCCACGCUGGCGAAUUCCCGAUUGGUUUCUGGAGGUGGUUUUUUUUUUUUCCCUCCCCCCCCCCCACUUUUUUUUUCUUGCCCCUACAGCCAGAGGAGGAGAUGUUGAGUGACCGGCCCUCGGAAGUGACCCGAGAACCUAGUUGGAAAGCCACACCAGCGAGGGCUAGGGGCGGGGAGGAGAAGGACACGAACUGGAAGGGGCGAGUCAUAAAACUGAAACGGAUUUGCACGUUCGGGAGAAGGUGGUGGCGUCUCCUGGGCCUCCGCCUCCUGCAUCUCUGAAAUCAGUGAGGUGAGACUUCACAGGCCCGCAGGCGUGGAGGAGAGGAGACUGUUUGAUGUGGUCCCGGGGCUAGUGGAGGGCGAGUGGUUUCGGGGGAAAAAAAAGGUUUUUUUCUUCUCUUAAUUGGAAUCGUGAUGGUGUUGGAUUAUUUCCUGGUGGGGUUAAUAUAGCAUGUUAUCCUGUCUAUCUUUUAAAGAUUUCUGUAUAAGACUGUUGAGCAGUUUUUAAAAUAGUGUAGGAUAAUAUAAAAAGCAGAUAGAUGGCGCUAUGUUUGAUUCCUACAACAAAAAAUUAUCACCAGCUUUUUUUCAUUCUUAACUCUAAAGGAUUCAAACGCAACUCAAAUCUGUGCUGGACUUUAAAAAAAAACAAUUCAGGACCAAAUUUUUUCUCAGUGUGUAUGUGUUUAUUCCUUAUAGGUGUAAAUGAGAAGACGUGUUUUUUUCCCUCACCGAUGCUCCAUCCUCGUAUUUUUUUUCCUUGUAAAUGUAAUCAGAUGCCAUUUUAUAUGUGGACGUAUUUAUACUGGCCAAACAUUUUUUUUUCUUACUUUGUCCCUUUUUUUUUUUUUUACUUUCUUUUCUUUCUUUUUACUUUCUGAUUUCGUCCUUCCUUUUUUUUCUUUUUUUUUUCUUUUUCUUUUUUUUUUUUUUUUUGGUAGUUGUUGUUACCCACGCCAUUUUACGUCUCCUUCACUGAAGGGCUAGAGUUUUAACUUUUAAUUUUUUAUAUUUAAAUGUAGACUUUUGACACUUUUAAAAAACAAAAAAAGACAAGAGAGAUGAAAACGUUUGAUUAUUUUCUCAGUGUAUUUUUGUAAAAAAUAUAUAAAGGGGGUGUUAAUCGGUGUAAAUCGCUGUUUGGAUUUCCUGAUUUUAUAAUAGGGCGGCUGGUUAAUAUCUCACACAGUUUUAAAGAAUCAGCCCCUAAUUUCUCCAUGUUUACACUUCAAUCUGCAGGCUUCUUAAAGUGACAGUAUCCCUUAACCUGCCACCAGUGUCCAUCCUUCCUCCCCAGUCUUAUAGAAAGGGGAGGAGAAUUAGCCAAACACUGUAUGCUUUUAAGAAAAACAAAUUUUUUUAAACAAAAUACUGUUUUAUCCAGAGGCUUUAAAACUGGUGCAUUUACAGCAAAAAGGGAUCCUGUAGCUUUAACUUGUAAACCACAUCUUUUUUGCACUUUUUUUAUAAGCAAAAACGUGCCGUUUAAACCACUGGAUCUAUCUAAAUGCCGAUUUGAGUUCGCGACACUAUGUACUGCGUUUUUCAUUCUUGUAUUUGACUAUUUAAUCCUUUCUACUUGUCGCUAAAUAUAAUUGUUUUAGUCUUAUGGCAUGAUGAUAGCAUAUGUGUUCAGGUUUAUAGCUGUUGUGUUUAAAGAUUGAAAAAAGUGGAAAACAUCUUUGUACAUUUAAGUCUGUAUUAUAAUAAGCAAAAAGAUUGUGUGUAUGUAUGUUUAAUAUAACAUGACAGGCACUAGGACGUCUGCCUUUUAAGGCAGUUCCGUUAAGGGUUUUUGUUUUUAAGCUUUUUUUUUGCCAUCCAUCCUGUGCAAUAUGCCGUGUAGAAUAUUUGUCUUAAAAUUCAAGGCCACAAAAAACAAUGUUUGGGGGAAAAAGAAAAAAAAAUCAUGCCAGCUAAUCACGUCAAGUUCACUGCCUGUCAGAUUGUUGAUAUAUACCUUCUGUAAAUAACUUUUUUUGAGAAGGAAAUAAAAUCAGCUGGAACUGAACCCUAAA